AUGGGUGACUCAUUCAUAAUAGCCAUAGACUUUGGCACUUCAUACAGUGGAUAUGCUUAUAGUAUAACACCCAGAGAGGAAGAACCUGAUCCCUAUUUAAAGAUCUGGGGUAAAGAAGUUGGACUGGAGACGGUAAAGACUCCAACCUGCGUUCUGUUCAAUGAACGAGGAGAAUUUCUCAAGUUUGGUUAUGAAGCCAAAUUGGCUUAUGGUAAAAUGAGGGGUGAUGAAGCCAGAAACAAGUUCUUCUUCAACUGCUUCAAGAUGUCCCUCUACGGCAAAGAAGUUAACAGUAAUCUGACAAUCAAAGCUGCAAAUGGGAAGUCAAUGAAGGCCUUGAAGGUGUUUACAGAAGCACUGAGAUACCUGAAGGACGACGCACUCAAAACCAUUGGAGAGAACUCAUCUGGGAGGAAGUUUACAGCCUCUGACUUCACCUGGGUGCUGACUGUACCUGCUAUCUGGGAUCCUUCAGCAAAGCAGUUCAUGAGAGAAGCUGCGACUCAGGCUGGUAUUGUGACCAAAGGAAAGGAAGACAAGUUGGUGAUAGCACUGGAGCCAGAGGCAGCCUCGGUCUACUGCAAGAAGCUUCCAGCUGAGGGGUUCAUAGCAGAAAACCAGGGAGAAGACAAACUCGAUGACUCUCCAGGAACACAGUACAUCGUUGUGGACUGUGGAGGUGGAACCAUUGACAUCACUGUACAUGAAGUCCUGGGUGGAGGGAAACUGAAGGAGCUGCACAAAGUCUCUGGCAGUGAUAUGGGCGGACAAACGGUGGACAGAAAAUUCAAAGAGCUUCUCAAAGAAAUCUUCUGUGAUGGUGUCUGGGAAAAAUAUGAACGAAAGUAUCCCAGUGAGGUUCAGAAACUGAUCUAUGACUUCUCAGUUUUCAAAAAAAAUGAUGAUAAUGUGGCGAUCAGCUGCCCAUUUAACUUGGGAGCACUAGCUCAGGAAGUGAAAGAUUUGGAAGAGUUUUUUGAACCAGUGCGAGGUGUCUCCUGGGAUGGCGGGUCCAUCACCAUCUCAAAAGGUAGACUGAGGUCUUUCUUUGAUCAGAGUCUUCAAAGUAUCACCAAGAGUCUCAGAGAAAUCUUGAGGAAAUGUUCCCAGAUUAAAUACAUUCUCUUAGUGGGGGGCUAUGCUGAAAGCCAGAUUCUGCGUCAACAUGUAAAGGAUCAGUUCAGUUCUCAGUGUCAGGUUCUGUGUCCUUUUAGGCCCCAAGAAGUAAUUGUGAAGGGAGCUGUGCUGUUUGGAAGAAACCCAGGGGUUCUGGCAUCUCGCAAAAGUGCCUUUACUUAUGGGAUUUCUGUCUCAGUGAGAUUUGAUGAGUCCAAACACAAGGCAAACAAGAAAUUCACAAAUGAAGAGGGUGACUGGUGUGGUGGUGUCUUUAAGAAACUGGUAGAAAUAGAUGAAGAUGUGGGCUGGAAUGAAACCAGAGAGCACAGCUUCUGUCCACAAACAGAAAACCAGACAGCGAUGAACUUUUCAUUUUACUGCACAGAAAAAUCAGAUGCAAAGUAUGUGGAUGAUGUGGGAUUGAGGACAAUUGGUUCGUUUGUGGUGAACAUGCCAAACACUGCAGGUGGCAUGAACCGUCGGGUCAACCUGAAAAUCAGGUUUGGCUCCACAGAAAUGACAGCCACAGCCACCGACAUAGAUUCUGGGUUGACAGAAUCAGUUCAGCUCAACUUCAUGACUAAAUCAUAAAGAUGCCUCAG